AUGGCUGUGUAUAUCCAGAAGCAUCCCCUGGAGAUUCCCCCACCAUCUGCAAAGGACUGGCUAAAGGAUGAUGAGGAAGAUUUCUUCCGGCUGGAUCCCAAUCGGGAGCGUGAUGCGUUGCCUCAGCCACUCAGGAUGAUCAGCAAACUGGUGAUGCAGGUCUUCGAAAGUGCAAUGGAAAUCAUUGAGAGAAGGGAGAUGCUCCAAGAAGCACAAAACCUAAAGGUCCAGCCCACAAAAUGCUUUCCUACAGCUGAGUUCCAGGUAACUGGAAGAGCCAAUUGUCUUGCAGUGUCUGGCAGAUACAUCUUUCUUGGUCUGUCUGUGGGUCUGGCUGCCUCCAAUACGUGUGACUACAAGGAUGUCUGUGUUUGGGAUGGAGCCAAGACAGAGAUCUGUGCCAUCCAGACCUCAGAUUUGGGGAACGAGUGCCAUGUCCUGCUUUCUGUGGAUAAAAUGGGGCUUAUCUGGUUCUUCUGCUUUCACCAGGAAAACUUCCUGCUCAUUAAAGUCCUGCUUGAAGUGGUAAGCAGAUACUUGUGUACUUGUGUAGAGGUGGUGCUGUCCCCAGGAGGUGAUUAUGCAGGAGUCCUGCUGCAAGACAGCACAAAAGCUUGGCUGGAGAUCUACCAAUUGCCUAAGGAUUCCUGGCUGAAGUAGAUGGAAAAGAACACAGGAGCUGCAGCAGGGCUGGCUUGCGGCAAGAGGAGGUCAAGCCAGACAUCUGAGGUACCAAACAGUUCCAUCUCCCACUGCAGUAGAUUUAAAAGCCCUUUGGAUGCCUUGAAGGAAGUAGAUGAUGUCAGCAUGCUUGGCUUGGGGUACAACCACCUAAUCAAGGACUCCCAGUGGGAGCUGCAGGAAGCAAUCUUCUGUAGCACUUACUGGGAGUAUCUGGAGGCUGAGGGUGUGAUCAAGGAGGAGAUCUCCAGACGUACUACUUUUCAUUGUCACCUUCCUAGCCAGAUCCUACAGGUGGGACCUGAAAUGACAGUACCGCCAGAUGUUCCAGCUGGCAUUGGUGUGCACUGGGAACCAGUGCGCACCAAUGCCAGCACCUCGGGCCGAGGCUGCAGUUUAGCUGAUGCAUCGCGUUCAUGCUGUCACGAGAUGGCACUGCAGCAGAGCCUAGUGGGGCUGGAGGAGCCUGGGUACUGGAGUCUGCUGCAAGCACAAGUAGCUGCCAGGGACAAGGAGAGAGAGAAAGUGAAGGGACAGAAGAAGCAGUAG